GUCGAGCGGGUCGUAUUGUGUGCGUAUGUACGCGAUGCUUUUGCUGUCGUACUCUGUAGCCGAGCACAAGACGAAAAGCCCGCAAAAACACUUGUUGUCAUCGCCACCGGCGCCGCCUCGUCCGACCGUUACGGCCAAUAGCCGCCGGUUAAAUGGGCAACGAGGUUACAACGUGACUGAAGACUUAUAUUAAUCGAGAACCUAAGUAAUGUGUACCAAGGUACGACUACAAGACAAGGCAAUCUCUACCGACUCUGAACCCGUCGACAUGGAUUGCGACGAGCAUAGGGUACAUCACUUUCUGGCGUCUUUGGUUAACCGCAAGGUGAUAUCCAUCAAGGCGGACAUUUGCAACGCCAAGUCGAAAUGGAGAGUGCAACCCAAGUUGUUGGUGCAGAAGUUGGCUGAGAAGAAUUCGAAGAACAAGCGUAAACUCGGAAAACGGAGGAAAAAAGGCCGUUGUAUGCACUCGUGCCAAAAGCACCACCAUCACAACAUUCACCACCAUCACCAUCACAGGCAUAAUAUACAAGAUGAGCAAAUGUUCCAUCAUCAUCAUCAUCACUGUGACGGCAUCGUUAGGCCGGAGGACCCUCCUGUCCCUACCGACCAAGAAGUGUUCCAAAGUCAAAACCGAGUACCCUACUUAGGCGGUCAUAUACUCACAGCUGCUUUGCAAAGGUCUACUGCCGGUUUAUCUGAAGACAAUCGGCGAUUUGAGAACGAAGUCGAUACCAAAGUAAAAAUGAAAAGAAAAAAACCGAGGCGGAGGUUCCACCACGAAGUGGAAUCGUCCGUGAUGAGACCUCAACCUGUCCCUACUAUACACCCAGACGACUUACCUCAAAGAGCGAGAUGGACAAUCAUUAUAACGGCCGGGCUGCUUUUGAUUACUUGCAUGCUUUUAGUCGGCGUCACUCUUCGGAUGGCACCCGUAAUCGACGAACUUGUUCGUGACCAAAACGCGGAUUUAAUAAACUCGUUAGACCGAGAAGAAUUCGGACCGUCCGAAAACAGUACCGAAGACAUGUAUAAAUAGUUAGGACAUAAUAUUAGAUUGAUUUAACAUAAUAUGAGGUUUAUAUAAAAUAAAGUGUAUACAAAUAAAAACAAAAAAACUAAACAUAAUACAUUAUAAGUUAUAAUCUAUAGUAAUUGUUUUAAAAACGUGAAGGCACGGUAAAACUUAACAAUUUAAUAAUAUUGUUAACUUAACAAUAACACAUAAUUUGUACGGUAAUCACGUGUGUUAGUAUUGAUUUACAUCAGUAAUAGUUCUGGCGUUUGGACAGGAUUAGGAGCUUCCAGUAGUGCUCUAAUAAAAAAAACUAAUUAGCUCUUCAUUACAAAAUAAAAUUGUUAUACAAUUUCAGAUUGUCUACUAAAAAAACAAUCUUUAAAGUUAUUUUCUAUUACAACUAAAUAUAACUAUAAUGUAUUAUUUUCACCUAUAAUAAUUUGUUUUUCAUAGAGAACCUCCUUGCUUAGCAAAACUGUUAAUUAGUGGUUAUUAAUUCUUUAUAACAAUUUAAACGUAUAUGUAUGUAUAAACAUUUGAGAUGUAAUAUUAAAUCUGAAAAAUGUAUUUUAUUCGUACAAGAUAAUUAUCCAAUCGUUUCUAGGUGCCAAAAUGAAUUAACUAAUUUCGAUUAUAAUAUAUUAUAAGGGUUUUAGUAAAUUUAUCGUUUACCCUUUUCGCGGUGUGUCUAUAUUAUACCUCUUUACUACCUGUUAAUAAUGGCCGAUUCAGUCCACCAAUAUGGCUACAGACCAAAUUAUAGAAGAUGAACCCGACAGAAUUCGAUAUCCUUGCAAGGCAGACUCGUCCAAUGGCUUCAAGUGCGAUUGAUCCGAGCAUGUGAGAUGAACGAACAGCGUUAGACAUUUGGCCAGUUCGACGAACCGAGCCCAUUGAGACUUCUCGAAUAACAUGCCUAUGCUCGUCAACGACCAGGUAAUGUAAAACACCACUACCAGCAUACACUGGGUGCUGAUUGCCUUUAAAACACAAACAAAAAAAAAAAACAAAAAUCUUUUAAGAUUUUCAAAUUUUCAUAGUUUCAUCGAGCAUAAUUUGGUCUAUUGUUUUUGGAAAUUCACAAUCAUAACUUUUUAAAUAGAAAACACGUAGGAACGAUUUUGUUUAGGAAAUCUAAAACCUAGUAUUUUAUUAUAACAAUAUCCCCAUUGUAAGUAGCCUAUACAUUGAGAUAUUGACCAGCCUUACUAUUAUAUACAUAGCACAAAUAUUGCAAGUGGCACAAGCUUAUGCCGAAAAAGGCCACUUAACGGUAACCUUUGACAAAACAUAAACUUUCAGGUUUUUUAUUUCCCACAUAACUUUGUGUUUUUUUUUUCUAAUAAACUAUACGUAUAACCGAUGAUAUAUUCAAUUUCCAUUCUGUCAUUACUCACGGUUUUUAAAAAAAACGCUCUAAUAUACAUAAGUAUAUUUAGUUAUCAAACUUGUUUUUACCAAAAAGUGACAUUGCCCCUUUUUCACCCAAACCACAGACAUUACAUUGAUGAUCAUGAUAAUAUUGUAAUUUAAAUAUAUUUUAACGAUUAUUAAAAUCAUAAGUUAUAUUUUAUACAGGCAUUUUUUAUUUUAUUACUCAUAUAACAUAAUAUUAUUAAUGAAAUUUAUUUGUAACUCAUCGUGCAUCAAAAACUAUGUUAAUUUAUUAAAUUCGUCUGAUCACCGAAUUAUCAAAGUAUACAAUUGUUUUUUUAUGCUUACAAAAGAAUUAAUCGAAACGUAAUAUUUUGUAUUUUAAUUCGCCGAUUUUUUUAAAAUUAUUUUUCAAAACAAAGCUCAUUGCAAUAUGACAAACAAAAGUAAAUGGUAAUGUAAUGUUUUAUAAUAGUAAAACCAAUUUUUCGACAAGGUUCAUUUUCGCAUAAUACAUAACGGCAACUGCGAACGUUUUUAAAUAACUGUAUUAUAAAUAUAUUAUUGUAUUUUAUAACAACAAGUGUUUUGUUUUAUCCUUCUUUUGUGUAAACAUUACCAACAAUCGUUAUUGUUGUAGCGCUGUAAUUAUAAAUAACGAUACCUUGUAAUAAUACCUAAUCUAACACGUGUGGACAUUAUUUUUGAAUUAAAAUCUUAGAGAUGUGAUUUUCUUAUUAUUUUUGCCACAUCUGAGAUCGCGGCAAAUAGUGUUGUUUUUGCGCGAUUACAAAUUACUGUUGUAAUUUAGAAAUUGUAUUUAAACAAAUCUCUACUCUAGUGUAAGUAAUAUGGAUGAAUAAGUUUGACUUUCCUUAAUGUUGCAAAAUUUGUAUUUGUGUUUUUGUUCCCGACAGUGUUACUCAAACAAUAAAAAUGUUAUUAUUUAUAACAAAAUUAAUAUCCUUAUGGAAUGUCUAAAAUGUGCCAACCCAGAGGCGUUUCUCCGAAAAAAAUACUUGCUGAUUUAAUUUGUUUUGUUUUUUAAUGGAUAACGAGUUAAAUAAUGAAAAUAUUUUAAAUUAUAAACUAUUUGUUUUAAAAUGUGAGUUUUCCAUUUUAUUUGAUAAAUCUAUACAGGAUGUUCCGGAUUUCUUUAGUUUAGACUUAUAAUUAUAAAUAUUUAUACCAGCUACAUCAUAUUUUUA